AUGCCCCUCGCGCUGGGCGGUUGGUCGCCCCCUCGCACGCCCCGCAAGCAGCAGCGCAACGCCUCGACCACGUUCGCGACUUCGCCUUCCCCUUCUGCUCCGGACUUGACUCGGCGCUCCCCGCUCAAGCGCCUCGUCGACGACGCGGCGGAAAAGGCAGACGACGCCCAGCUCGAGCUGCACGCGCUGCGCAAGAUCAGCUCGCGCCCCACGCUCGCCGAGUCAGUCUCGUCGUCGUGGGAGACGCCGUCACCCACCCGCGGGCGAGGCAAGCCGCUACCUCUCUUCCCCGCUGUCGACAGUAUCGACGGCGACUUCGAGGUUCAUGCUGCCCCGCGCAGGACCGGGCCUUGGCCUUCCUCGCCGGCCUCGACGCGCCCGCCAACGCCCCGCAUCGUCCUCGACCACACGGCCUUCCCGCACAUCCUGGACGCGAUAAUCGACUAUGCGCCAAGCCCGGCCCUCGCCGUCCUCCGCGGCACCUCGCGCGCGAUGAUGCUGCGCUGCAGCGCAAAGCUGUACGCCCAUGUGUGGCUGCACGCCGACCGCCCGAGCGACACUUCCUACGACGUCGAGUUCUUCUACCCCGGCUCCAAUCGGCGCCGGCUCCCAGGGCUAAAAUACGGCUUCUGGGCCUCGGCAUCAGAGACAGAAGUCACCCUCUACCGCCUGCACACGUUCACCCGCGCGCUCGAUAUCGACUUCUCCGACGCCUCAGGCAUCGACGUUGCGUGGAAGCGCCUCCUCGCCCCCGGCGAGCUCAAAGGCGCGCUGGGCAACGUCUCCGUCCUGCGCCGGCUGAACCCCGCCGGCGAGAUACGCAUUCAUAACCCGCCGAUAUGGCAGGUCGGGGACGGCGUCCACGGCCGCCUGCGCGCGCUGCCCGCCAUGACGGUGCCGACCGAGGUGUCGUUCUACGAUGUUGCCAUGGCGCCGCCGCCGGACGCGACGAUCCCAGGCUAUCCCGUCCGCCUGUCGCUCAUGCCUGCCGGGACGGACACGGCGAUUAUCGUGCUCAACUUUCAAGAAGGCGGGCGAUACAUCCCAGUCCAGGAGCAGCACUACUCGUUUUUCGCGGCCCGCGACCUCGUGCUCGUCCUCACGACGCCACCUAACACCUCCCCACCUUUUGCGAGCAAGAGCUACCCCAUUCUCGGGCUCAUCGUGCUCCUCCUCACGGGUGUCUUGUCCCCCGCGUCAAAUUCAUCUGGUGCGGACCACUCGGUCUCGAUUGGCCCCGUCGAGAUGCUCGAUCCCAAGUUCUUCAGCAGGCCGGACCUUUCGGUCGACGAGAAGCGCGGCGAGAUGCGCCGCUAUCUUGAGCACGAGACCAUCACCGUCAGCGAUGCUCCCCGCAAUCAGAUUCUCCAGAGUGUGGAGUUUUACUCCCUCGAUGAGAUGAGGGACAAGGUCGGCCACGACGUCUGGGAGUGGACAAUGGUGCCCCGUUCCCCGCGCACGGUCUAG